GUUUGCAGGCUGAUGUGAGGGGAGGAGGAAGUUUGUGUAAAGAGGAAAUCUGAACUUUUUCAUGCAGCCUCCUCAACAAGUGGCAGCAGAGAAGCGGUUCAAAGCUGAGCUGCUCUGAACUCACACAGGACAUCAUGGAAAUCCCUGCGAUCAACCUAAAGGCCAUAGUACUGGUGCACUGGCUGCUUACAGUAUGGGGUUCCAUGGCGUGGCUUCCCAGCUCCUUCCCCUGGGGGAACUUCAGCGUUUUAGCGGUGGGCGUCUGGGCCAUUGCACAGAGGGACUCCAUCGAUGCCGUGCUCAUGUUUCUGGUGGGGAUGAUUCUGACGAUACUCACCGACAUCAUCCACUUUGGGAUUUAUUACGACCUGACCGAGUCGGCACUGCUUCGGUCGAAGGACUUGUUCCACUUCAGCGCAGGAAUGGCCAUUCUCAACCUGCUGCUCAAACCCGUGUCCUGCUUCUUCGUUUACCAAAUGUACCGCGAGCGAGGAGGAGAUUACAACGUCAACUUCGGUUUUCCCUCGGUAUCACGGAACAGAGACGCCUACCAGUCCAUCGACCAGCAGGACGAGGCCUCCAACCCGGCCAAUCCCUUCAACCAGGCCGAGGAGGGCAAACCAGCAGUCCGCACAUACUGAGUGAACCACACACUGUUCUCCUCUCACAUUUUUACGCAGCAGUGCUCAGGGGCAACUCUUACAAAUCAAUUCCACGUCCGUCCAUUUGUUCCGUACAGUCGCUCUGCUGCAGCGCUGAAAACACAAAUUGAAUACCUUUAUUAUGGUAAACCAGCCCGGUCUGGGUUUUUAAAAUGAAAUGUGGCGUAAUUAAACCCAUCGUAACUUCGUGUCUUCGAAGGGGGGGAAUGUUUUUCUUUUUUUGCUGAGCUCAUUCAUCACUGCUGAAUAAAUACAGAGGUAAAAGUGGCUCCAGCAGUCCUGUGCUGUGUUACUGUUUUUACCGGCUACUAUUUUUAGUGGAACUGUUGUUUCACUGGUUUACUUUUCCCAAGUGAAUCGUUUAGUUUUUUUACAAAUGUGGCGUUUACAGACAUUACGAGUCAUUUGUGUUUCUGUAAAUGUUUGAAGGACUCGUCAUCUGCUGUAGGAAAUUAUUCUUUUCCUGUUCGUGUUUUCUUUACGACGCAGCAAUACUCAAAGCUCUGGACAGUUUUUAACACAGGAGUGUGUCAAGCCUGAGACACGACCAGAGCUUGAGUCUGAUUGGUUUGUUUGUGUUGAUCUAUGCAAAAUCCUGAUGAAAACAGCACUGUGUGAAAUAUAUACGAUUUUUAAAUGAUAGAGGUACGACUCUUCUCUGUAUAUAAAGUCCCCUUAAAGGGAAAGUCUGCUAUUUUUCAACCUGGGCCCUGUGUUUAUAGAUGUGGGCGUGUAAAUGAAUGGUACUUUAAAAAAACAACAACUUUAGAAUCAGUCCAGUGGAACGUCUCUGCCAGAAGCCGCGCUACAAUGUAACCCUAUGGGGCAACUGCGACCGUCCACGAAAUGUCCCCUAAAAGGCUCAAAUUGAUAUAUCAGGUUUUUUCCUAAGAGUCUGGCAACAUUAAACAUGUCUAGGUUUUGUAAGAACCAUUAGAGUAAGGUUGAAAAAUACCAGAAGUCCCCUGCGUUAGAUUGCACAAACUCAUCGAUAUCCAUUGCCUAAAUGUGCCGGAUGGUAAAAUUGUGAAAUUUUUGAAAGUCCUGCGUCCGUCCCCUUUAUCCAGAUCCACAUCUACAUUUAUUGGGAUCUUUUUUGACUCUUUUUUGAGUUGUGUGGUUGUUUUUGUGUAAAUCCUGCUGACAAUCAAAUCAACACAAAACAAACCAAACCAACCGACAGGGGGUGAAAACAUAACCACUCAGUCCUGAUCCUGACAAACUGCGGAUCAGAAGAUGUUCCUGUAAUGUACAAGCAGCAGAUAUGAGGAAUUGUUUUAACAUCACAAAUGUUACGUGACUUUGAAUCUUUAUAUUUUACCAGCAGCUCUGUCAUGAGUGCUCAUGGAAAGAUGAAUAAUAUUGCACAUCAUUCCCUGAACAGCAUAUGAAGUGUGCUCUCUCUGUUAAACACUGAGGUCAGAGCUGUGGCUGCAGGCUUCACUGAGUGAUUUCCCCAUUUGGAUUUUUUUUUAUUUUUAACACUCAGUUCUCUUUUGAAAGUGUGACGAGCUCAAAGUUCCUGUUUUGAAAUCCCAAUUAGUAUAAGUGACAGAGCAGAGAUGUGGCAACUAUGGAUAAGUGAAGCAAUCAUUGCUCAGCAGUGUGAGAACCGGACAUAAGGUCAGAAUCUUAAAGUUACACAAUCAACAAUAAUGUGCAUUUCUACUUCUUGUAUGAAUGUGGAUUCAGAACAUAGACUGUAAAUAAAAAUGCACGACACGUCUCCACCUCCGCUCGUUGUACAGAAUGGGUGCAUCCAUUUUGUACGUUAUCCCAGGUACGAAUUCUGCCAUCUUGGGCUGAUGACGUCAUUUGGAGCCGAGUCUGCGCACUAGCGAUCGGGGGAUGGAGUUGCGGUAGCGAGGUCCCGCCCAUAGACAUAGCUGUCAAUCAUGAUGUUUCACCCUGUUUUUAUAGCAUCAGUGUUGUAAGAUUGAAGAGAUUUAUUUAACGUGACCUUUUUUUGUUUGGUCCAUGUCCCAUCUGCUAACAUAAAGGGGCGGGAUUUAUGACCUAUACUGCAGCCACCCACCAGGGGGCAACUGCGCUACUGUGGCUUUACUUUUGGGGAGCCGUCGUGUCGUCCAUCUUUAUAGAGUCUUUAGUCGAGAAACCUUGUCUUUGUCAUUUUGUUCGUAAUGAAGCUCAUUUUAAAAGUUCCAUCUUUGCACCAGGAGAAAGUUACCCAGACUGAUCUUUGAUUAAGUUUUUAUUUAAUUACAUAGAUAAUAUUCUGCUGUGAGUUCAAAUACUUGUCUUGAUCCCUGUUAAAUACUCAUUGUUUCUCGUGCUGUUUCUUCUGGAUCCUCAUGAAAACGUGAACGUAUCCUGAAAUAAAACAGACGUUGUAGCAGCUUCAGCUUCAUGACACUCGUUCUGAGAGAGAUUGGGUUUGAACAAGAUCAAAUAAAACUGCUUCAAAGAAACAAAGAUUGUUACGCCUGCUGCUGUGAUCACUGUUUCACUAAGUUCUGGUGUUUUCAUGAAAAUGCUGCAGCUGUGCUUUAAUUCUGAAUUUAAAUGUUUUGUUGCACCUUGUUUUUUCUUCUUUAUUUCUUUGGAAAUAAAAAAAAAGGACCGAUAUCUGUUA